CGCUCCGCUCCGCUCCGCUGCAGUGAUGUCAGCCGCUCUGGGUCAUUUGAAGGUCAGCAGCUCGGAGGUUCACCCAAAGUUCAGGCGCAUAAAUUAGGCGAUUCAAUCUUUCAGUCGGUGCCAAACUGGAAAUGAGGAGCAGAGAGGAGCCGCGGCUUUCCAAACACCUCCCUGCUGAAAGAACGAGGCUCCGCUCACAGCCGAACCGGGAGGAACCUGCCGCUGGCCGCCGGAGAGCCGGGCGCUCCUAGGAGAAGCUGCGGGACCGACAUCCUUCAGGAACCCGCUGCGGGACGGAGGAGGAGAAGGAGGAGAGAGAAAUCCGCUGCGCUGAGGAGGAGGAGGCGAGUGGAGGAGGAGGGGUGAAGAAGAGGAGUUAGAUGGAGUUGUGUUUCUGCGCAGAGCGCUCAGCAGAAGGAGAACAUGUUCGACUGCAUGGACCUGCUGGCCGUGAGUCCCGGACAGAUGCUGGACUUCUACACGUCCAGCUCCUCCUCCUGCAUGCUGCAGGAGAAAGCUCUGAAAGCCUGCAUCAGCGGCCUGGCGCAGCGGGACUGGAGGCAGCGGAGGAGCGCGCACUCCAUUGAAACGCAGAGCGCCAGUUCCGAGGAGCUUGUCCCCAGCCCGCCGUCGCCGCCGCCUCCUCCCAGAGUCUAUAAGCCCUGCUUCGUCUGCCAGGACAAAUCCUCUGGGUACCACUAUGGCGUCAGCGCCUGUGAGGGAUGCAAGGGCUUUUUUCGGCGCAGCAUUCAGAAGAACAUGGUGUACACGUGUCACCGGGACAAGAACUGCAUCAUCAACAAAGUGACGAGGAACCGCUGCCAGUACUGCCGCCUGCAGAAGUGCUUUGCUGUAGGAAUGUCCAAAGAGUCUGUUCGAAAUGAUCGGAAUAAGAAGAAGAAGGAAAGUCCGAAGCCAGACCUGUCGGAGAGCUACGAGCUGACGGCUGAGCUGGAGACCAUCAUCGAGAAGAUCCGUAAAGCUCAUCAAGAAACCUUCCCGUCCCUCUGCCAGCUGGGCAAAUACACCACGAAGUCGAGUGCGGAUCACCGCGUCAGGCUGGACCUGGGCCUGUGGGACAAGUUCAGCGAGCUGGCCACCAAGUGCAUUAUCAAGAUAGUGGAGUUUGCCAAACGAGUGCCUGGCUUCACAGGGCUGACCAUCGCCGAUCAGAUCACGCUCCUGAAAGCGGCCUGCCUGGACAUACUGAUUCUACGCAUCUGCACCAGGUACACUCCUGAUCAGGACACCAUGACCUUCUCAGACGGACUGACCCUCAACCGGACACAGAUGCACAACGCUGGCUUCGGCCCGCUCACUGACCUGGUGUUCACAUUUGCCAACCAGCUGCUGCCCAUUGAGAUGGACGACACAGAGACGGGUCUCCUCAGCGCCAUCUGUCUCAUCUCCGGAGACCGCCAGGACCUGGAGGAGCCUUCCAAGGUAGACGAGCUCCAGGAGCCGCUACUCGAGGCUCUAAAGAUUUACGUGAGAAAGCGGCGGCCAAGCAAACCCCACAUGUUCCCCAAGACCCUGAUGAAGAUCACGGACCUGCGCAGCAUCAGUGCUAAAGGAGCUGAGCGGGUCAUCUCUCUGAAGAUGGAGAUUCCAGGUUCCAUGCCACCUCUCAUCCAAGAGAUGCUGGAAAACUCAGAGGGUCAAGAUGGUCAGAGCAGCAACAGCAGCACAUCUGCUGAGGCUGAGGACAGCUUCAGCACCAAGGACAGCUCCAGUACCAAGGACAGGUCCAGCACCAAGGGUAGUUCCGGGACCAAGGACAGCUCCUGCACCAAGGACAGCUCCAGCACUAAGGACAGCUCCUGCACCAAGGAUAGUUCCAGCACCAAGGACAGCGCUGUAUUGGAGUCCCCAGAGUCAUCUGACCCUGAGGACGUCUCAUCUUCUCCGUCCAGCAGCGGGCCGUAGGAGGCAGCAGGGCGCCGCUCCUGUUCCUUUGCACAAACAGUUCAGCCUGGAGGAGGAGCUCACUCCUGGGCUCCUCCUCCAGGAGGAGCUAACACCUGGAGGAGGAUCUGACUCCUAGAGGAGGAGCUGACUCUUCCUGGUGGAGGAACCGACUCCUGGAGGAGGAUCUGACUCCUGAAGGAGGAGCUGACCCCUGGAGGAGGACCCACCUCCUACUGGAGGAGGACCCACCUCUUCCUGGAGGAGUAGCCAACUCUUCCUGGAGGAGGAGCUGACUCCUGGAGGAGGAUCUGACUCCUGAAGGAGAAGCUGACUCCUGGAGGAGGAGCUGACUCCUGAAGUAGGACCCACCUCCUACUGGAGGAGGACCCACCUCUUCCUGGAGGAGUAGCCAACUCUUCCUGGAUGGAGGAGCUGACUCCUGGAGGAGGAUCUGACUCCUGAAGGAGGACCCACCUCCUACUGGAGGAGGACCCACCUCUUCCUGGAGGAGUAGCCAACUCUUCCUGGAUGGAGGAGCUGACUCCUGGAGGAGGAUCUGACUCCUGAAGGAGGAGCUGACUCCUUAAGGAGGAACUGACUUCUGGAGGAGGAGCUGACUCCUUAAGGAGGAACUGACUCCUGGAGGAGGAGCUGACUCCUUAAGGAGGAACUGACUUCUGGAGGAGGAGCUGACUCCUGGAGGAGGAGCUGACUCCUUAAGGAGGAACUGACUUCUGGAGAAGGAGCUGACUCCUGGAGGAGGCGCUGACUCCUGAAGGAGGAACUGACUCCUGGAGGAGGAACUGACUCCUGGAGGAGGAGCUGACUCCUCAUUCCUUCUUUUUGCCGGGUGUAUCAUGACCUUCUUCUUCUGUCCACUCACUGAUUCCCUGCGUCUGUGAGGUCUGACAUCAUGGAGGCCCCAAAGCAGAGGAGCUUUGUGUUAAAGGUCAUUUCCAGGUGGGGUCCUCUGGUCGGGGGCUAUAGGAGGACCAGAACACCCCCCUGAACCACAGCACAUCCUGCUCCUCAGGUCUCCUCUCCAUCUCCUCUCUUGUUGUCUGCAUGACGGGAGUUUGCUAACGGUGUCUGUGUUUCUGCGCCUCCACUGUACAUACCACGCUGUGGGCGGGGCUUGGUUCCCGGGGUGAAUUUCAUGGUGCUUGUUGUUCGUGUUAAAAACAAUUUUGAAGGUUUAAAGCAGAAGUUCUUUUUUAAAAAGGAUGUAAAUGUUUUCGCACAGAGUCUGUCUGUAUUUCUUAAACAUGAGUGACUUUUAAUCCACGGUGGCAGAAUGCAUCUUCGCUUCGUUCUGUUCUACUGAGGGAAGCUCAAAGGCGGAGCCUCUGAGACUCACUCAUCAGGCCAGCUGUUUGGAAACAGCCCUGGGAGUUCCUCUAGACAACCUUGGUUCCCCACAUCAACACCUUCCCUGAUAGACCAGUUUAAGCUGAAGAGCAUAAACCUCAGCCUUCCUGUUAUCUGCUGAAGAUUAGACUCUCUCCAGGAAGUGACUCCAAACAAAGUCCUUCUUGGCAGAACUUGCUGCCGGUUCCACUGAUUGGCCUUUAGAGUUUCUAACGACUUUAUGAAGCAGAAAAACAUUGAAUGCUGGUAACCAGUGGAUUUACUGGUCCAUGAUGAGGCCUCUUCUCUUCUUAUCAUAAAAGGAACCAAUAAGGGGAGUUUAGGCAAUUCCAUUAGUUUGAUCAUGGUUUCAACCUGCAGGAAGUUCUUCCAACUCUCCAGGCUGUUCAACCUCCUCCCGCUGCCUCCCCCUAAAGCCUCCUCCAGCUGCCGGCCUGGAGGAGGCGUAUCCAGGGCUGCGUGGGCUCUGCUGUGGCCUUAUGAGCAGCGCUCUGCUCCCUCCUCCUCCCCUCAUCAAGUGUCUUGUUUGAAGCAGUGCAGUCGUGACACACGCUGAUUGUAGUGAAGCAGAAAGCACAUUGUGGGCUCAGAUCGGCGAGUCCUCUCCAUCUGUCUGCCUUCUCUCCUGACCUGGCCGUGAGCGCUACCUGCUGGUGGAGAAGGAGAUUCCUGGGAACGGAGGCAUGAGGAGAUCCUUCUCCACAGCCAAGGUCAAACUGAACCAGAGCAGGAAGUUCCUCUGCCCUUUAGGGACCCAGAACUUCACUGCUUGUUGCUGAUUUGGUCCCAGAUCUCUGAGCUCAGAGGAGCCGUCGGCUAAAAGCCGAACUGGAACAGCAGGGGAAAAGCUACAGCUUCCUGCCUCCUCCUGUUCAGCGAGCUAAUGCUAGCUAGCUCAGUCAGGUUGCUCCAGCAGACAUACCGUUGGAAGAACAAACAAUAGCAAUUAGCAGAGAGAAGCAACAGGUGUAGGAGGGGCAGAGCUGUGUUACAGCCUGUAGGAGGCUAAAAGCAGGUAAGAUGCUUCCUGCCUCAGAAGACCAGAGCUGCUGCCUCCCUGUGUUCAGCUCUGGAUGAAGCUUCAUCCUGGAACAUCUGGGUUCUUCCUGUUUGAGGUGGAUUUUCUCUGCUGAGUCAUUCCAGUUCGUCUGUUUGAGGUGAGUCAGCAACCAGCAGCAGGUUCUGGGUCUCAGAGGCACAGAAACCUCCUCAGCAUCCCAUCCAUCCUCAGACGUCCAUAUCAUCAGGGAACCAGAGCCGCUCCAGCUUUCUGUUUCUGAUUGUUUGAAUGUCUCUGUCUCGCUCUCCUGCUGAGAGACUAAGGGACAUCUGUUGGUUUUUGUGUCUUUGUCUUCUAAACUUUCACAGCGGAACGGAGGAGCGCUUCCUCCACGACUUCUUCUGAAUGU